AUGUCGGCGACGCUUACAGGAUCAGGAACUGCUUUGGGUUUCUCGUGUUCCUCGAGGAUCUCGAACAGAGUUUCUUCUCCGCCGCCAAACCGUUGCUGCGUCAAGAUGUCUGUCUCCGUCGACGAGAAGAAGAAGAGUUUCACUCUUGAGAAAUCAGAGGAAGCUUUCAAUGCUGCCAAGAAUCUAAUGCCUGGAGGUGUGAAUUCCCCUGUGCGGGCCUUCAAAUCCGUUGGUGGACAACCCGUUCUGGUCGAUUCCGUUAAAGGCUCAAAGAUGUGGGACAUUGAUGGAAACGAGUACAUUGACUACGUUGGAUCUUGGGGACCAGCUAUUAUUGGCCAUGCCGAUGAUGAGGUUCUUGCGGCUCUAGCUGAGACGAUGAAGAAAGGAACAAGCUUUGGUGCUCCUUGUCUCUUGGAGAAUGUUCUAGCCGAGAUGGUUAUAUCAGCUGUUCCCAGCAUUGAGAUGGUCCGGUUCGUUAAUUCCGGUACCGAAGCAUGUAUGGGCGUGCUACGUCUCGCCAGAGCCUUCACCAACAAAGAGAAAUUCAUCAAGUUCGAAGGAUGUUACCACGGCCACGCCAACGCCUUCCUUGUUAAAGCCGGUAGUGGCGUAGCCACUUUAGGGCUUCCUGACUCGCCAGGCGUCCCUAAAGCAGCUACUUCGGAUACUCUUACGGCUCCGUACAAUGACAUCGAAGCUGUUGCGAAGCUCUUCGAGGCGCACAAAGGCGAGAUCUCUGCGGUUAUUCUCGAGCCUGUCGUUGGUAACUCCGGGUUCAUCACACCCACACCUGAAUUCAUCAACGGUUUGCGUCAGCUGACCAAAGACAAUGAUGCUCUUCUCAUCUUCGACGAAGUCAUGACCGGCUUUCGUUUGGCUUAUGGUGGAGCGCAAGAAUACUUCGGAAUCACUCCCGAUUUGACAACUCUCGGAAAAAUCAUCGGCGGCGGUCUUCCCGUUGGAGCAUACGGUGGAAGACGAGAUAUUAUGGAGAUGGUUGCUCCGGCAGGACCGAUGUACCAAGCCGGGACGCUAAGUGGUAACCCGCUGGCGAUGACCGCGGGGAUCCACACGCUGAAGCGGCUGAAGCAGGCAGGAACGUACGAGUAUUUGGACAAGAUCACCAAGGAGCUAACCAACGGAAUCUUGGAAGCCGGGAAGAAAACAGGGCAUCCAAUGUGCGGUGGUUACAUAAGAGGUAUGUUCGGUUUCUUUUUCGCGGAAGGACCUGUUCACAACUUCGCCGACGCGAAGAAGAGCGACGCGGAGAAGUUUGGUAGGUUUUUCAGGGGAAUGCUGGAAGAAGGUGUUUACUUUGCACCGUCUCAGUUCGAGGCUGGUUUUACAAGCUUGGCUCACUCUCCAGAGGAUAUACAGUUGACGAUUUCUGCGGCCGAGAGGGUCCUCGCUAGGAUUUAG